AGUUAAAUCGGUAGCGCUCGUUCUGUAUCGCUAUGCUGGUGGAAGCAAGCCGGAAAUUAUACACAAGCAUUUCCACACCUGUGUACUCUGUGUUACUGGGACUGCACGAUUAACAGGGUCAGCUGCACACACCAAUUCCACAGACUUCUGACAUCGAUCGCGAACACAUUUAUUUUGUUUAUAAAGUAUAACAUGGAGAAUUUAGAACUGAGCCUGUCUUCAUGAAUAAUCUCCAAACACGCUGAAAAAAGCCGGACUGAACUCAGCAAGUACUUGGCUAAGCAGAUAUGGACUCAGCAUGACCAGCAAUGCAUCCUGAACACGUUAGCUCACUUACUGCUGGACAGAGAAUACACGCUGCUGAUUGGACGCCACCUGCAGCCUAUGGUUCUGGACUUGCUGGAAAGAAAUGCAGAGAUCAUUAAAGCAGAUGGCCAAAUCAGCCAUGACCUACAUGAAAGACUGGGUGUGGCUCUGAACAAACUCCUGGAGGUCAGCCCUGAUGCACUCUCAUUUGCACUCAGGUACUUCAGAGAUGCCCCACCAGUAUUCCAGAGACUCUUUCUGACAACUGCUGAAUCAGCUGCAAUCCAGUAUGGCAGAAAGAGGAUGAAACUGCAGGACCUGAUGGGCGCGACUCUGAGGUUCCUGCGGAGUGACUGUGCCAGGUUCAGGGAUCUGUGGGACUGGAGUGUCUGCAUGUCACUGCUCCGAACCACUGAUGUUUUAGUGCUAUGGUAUACAGCACACUGUCUGGCUAUGGUGUUGCACGUGACAGAUAAACAGAAAACAAUCUUUCUCAAGGAGAUUUUCAGUAGUGAAGAACUCUUACAUCACAAACUAAAGGUGUUUUAAAAGACCUUGUGUUAGUGGAUUCUACCUGUCAGAGUUUGCAAAGACUGGCCAUGGCUGUGGACUCCCAGAAUGCUGUGCUGCUAGAGGGACCCAUCAGAUGUGGCAAAACGGCUCUGGUGUAUCUGGCGGCUGUAACAGGCCACGUAAAACCGCCACACAUUCUCAAAGUGCAGCUGGGAGAUCAGACAGACAGCAAGAUGUUGCUGGGAAUGUACUGGUGCACAGAUAUUCCAGGGGAGUUUGUUUGGCAGCCUGGAACCGUCACACAAGCUGUGUCCAAUGGAUACUGGAUCCUACUGGAGGAUAUAGACUAUGCACCAUUAGAUGUGAUCUCUGUGCUGAUCCCUCUUUUGGAGAAUGGAAAGCUGCUGAUUCCAGGGUGUAGGGAUUGCAUUGAAGUGGCUCCAGGAUUCCAGUUCUUUGCAACUCGAGGGUGGUACUUAACAGGUACCUGUCUCUAGCAAUUGAGGCGGAGUGCCUUUUGGACAUCUAUUGUCAGCUGACUGGAGACAAACAUCUGGCAACAGAGUCUUCCUCCUGGUAACCAGGGAAACCAAGCUGCUGCUGAUGGACCCCAGCCAAAGAAUGAAGACAGAGGACAGGGUCUUGAAGGAAGGGGCUUGUCACUCAGAGACUUGCUGAAGUAGUGUGAAAGGAUUCUCAACAAUUUUGACAGCACGUGUUCCUCUACUGCCCUCAACAUUUUCCUUAAAACAUCUGCAGCGACUCGUCCCUCCUCCGUGCUUCUGGAGCAGCUGUCUGUCUGUGUGAAUAAAGGAGAGCCUCUUCUGCUAGUAGGGGAGACAGGAACAGGAAAGACAUCCACAGUGCAGUAUCUUGCGAAUAUCGCAGGACUCCAGAUAAGGGUUGUCAACAUGAACCAGCAGAGUGACACAGCAGAUCUUCUGGGAGGGUACAAGCCUGUGGAUCAUAAGCUGGUUUUGCCGCCCCUGCGCAAGUCCUUCAAGAACCUGUUCUCCCAGACCUUCUCCAGGAGGCAGAAUAGCACCUUCCUCGGGCAUGUGCAGUCAUGCUUCAGGGAGGUGCUGGCAGGACCUGCUCAAACUCAUGGACCAUGUGUGCAAAUCUGCUGUCAACAAGGAACCGCAGAAGAAGCAGCAAAAUGCAGCGGUGCUGAAGGAGCAGUGGGAAGCAUUCAGCUUGAGGUUAAGCCAGGCCCAACAACAGAUAAAACUGACUGAAACAGCUCUCGUCUUUGCCCUUGUAGAGGUGAUUUCCUUUACUCUGUGCUUUUACAAGUUGGCCACAGACCUUGCUCUCCAUCCCGCUUGUUUUCCUGAGCUGCUGCUUAUACACAGCUUCACAGUUCCCAAUAACAUUACAGAAAACUGCAUCUGGACUCUCAGUGUGUGCGAAUCAACAACCACGAGCACACGGACAUACAGGAGUACAUUGGCUGCUACUCUUCCGAUACGACCGGGAAGCUGGUCUUCAGAGAAGGUGCUGUCGAGGGCCUUCAGGAACCGCUUUGUGGAGUUGCACUUUGAUGAGCUGCCCAGUGGGGAGCUAGAGAGCAUUCUCCACAAGAGGUGCAGCCUGCCCCCCUCCUACUGCACCAAGCUCAUCAGAGUUAUGCUGGAGCUGCAGUCACAUCGAAGAGGCUCGACAGCGUUUGCUGGGAAGCAUGGCUUCAUCACCCUGAGAGAUCUGUUCCGAUGCGCUGAGCGCUACAGGCUGGCAGAGGAGAACCAGGGGGACUAUGACUGGCUUCAGCACCUCGCAAACGAUGGUUUUAUGCUGCUGGCUGGUCGAGUGAGGAAGCCAGAGGAAGCAGCCUUAAUCCAGGGUGUCCUGGAGAAACAUUUCAAAAAGAAACUGAACCCAGGAGCCCUCUUCUCUCAGGACAACGUCUCCAAGCAGAAAAAAAAACUAGCAAGAAAAAAGGAGAGGGGAGGCCAAACUAAGUAGACAUACGUUUCAGCAAAUCCCUUCAUCAAUGCUGCAUGCAUUAGCUGAAAUGAUUGACUCCUUGACUUUUGCUAAUUAUAUUUGGGAUGGCAAACAAAGAUAAUCGCAAUCGUAUACCUGUUAUUUAUUUUUUUAAUAGAAAUCCUGUUCUGUUUUUAGGAAUCUGAAUAGAGAAGCUCUUGUAUGCUGAAUAAAGGAACGAGCUACUACUGGUUGAGAGAUUUGGUUAUCGACCAGACAAUGAAAACUCACUGAGCUGGUUGUCUUUUAUACUGUGAUUUUAACCUUUUUGACCUAUAAAUAAACAAAUAGAACAGUACAUUCAAAGAACAAGUAAAAUACCCAAGGCAUUUAUUACCUCUUACAGCACUGCUCCAUUGUUUUGUCUGAAACAACUCCUAUAUAGGGAUACUUUUACCAACUGUAUUUUCAGAAUCCUUUCUAUUUCUUGUCUAUAUUAUCCUAUGAAUUUAAGGCAGUAUUUUUUUUUUUAAUGGAUUUCACGAUUUCCGUGAAAUUUACCCAUUGCCAUAUGAUAUGUAGUUUAAUGUGACAAUUCCCAUUUCUGAAAGAGUAGUGUAAAUAUCCAUAUUUUUAUCUCUUAAAAAAACAUACAGCAAACGUUUUCUUUAUUGACACACUACCUGUUAUACUGCAUUUAGGAACCUGGCAGUCCGUUUAGUUUGCUUCCGGUAAAUGAUUGAACACACUGCAUAGAGCUGCAUGAUUUCUUUAAAAUGUUUUCAACGAAAAGACACCGGUAUAUUUCUGCUAAAGAUUGCUAUUACUUGUUAUUUUUACAUUGUAUUGGUGGUUUUUUUUAUUAUUUUGUUUGAUAAUUCACUGAUGGUGAAAAUAGAAUGUUUUUAAAUGGUGGACAUAAAAACAAAAUAUUCUACAAUUUAGCAUUUACUGUUUUUCAGGGAAGCAUUUAAAUAUGUAGGAACAUUUGUUGUAUUAAUACCUCUAGAGAAAAUUAUAAAUUUUGAAUGUGACAAUGCUAUUUUUUGCUGCUUUUAUAAAUAUUAUGUUUAAUCGUGAAAUAUCUUGAAAUACCAAUUUUUAGACCAAUGGACAAAACAAUAUAACCCUGCCUCUGUGUGCAAGUGUACAGCACAAGUGGGGUUCGAUCACAUUGGGUUUACUGGAGUCAGAUCAGUGUACAUAUUUCACUGUGUGCGUAUGUGUGUGGUGGGCUGUAUGUUCACAAGCUCUCUUCAGUGACGUGUUAUUCCACAGGUAACCUCAUGCCACAUACUGCUGAUUUCCCUGAAGAGUUCCUCCACAUCGUGUGGACUCGUGGCAUGCGAAGGCUUGCAGUUCUUGUUGGGCGAGCGCUGGAGUUCGGCGAGCCUGUGCUGCUGGUGGGAGAGACAGGGUGUGGUAAAAUAACUAUUUGUCAGCUGUUUGCAGCUCUGGCCGGCCAAAAGUUUUACUCGUUGAACUGUCAUCUACACAUGGAGACAUCCGACUUCCUCGGAGGAUUGAGACCAGUUAGACAUACAAGUAAAGACGAGCGAUGAAGGAGUCUUCCUGAUGGAUGAGAUAUCUUUGGCAGAUGACUCUGUUCUGGAGAGACUAAACAGAAAUGGCUCAGUUAUUGCUGAUAGUGUCUGAUGGAGGCCUUUUCUUGGAAGGGAAGGAACGGGUCACAGCAGCAGUUCAGGCAGCUUGAAAUGCCAACAUCUUUGUGAUCUUCGUGGUGCUGGAUAACCCCAGUCUGAAUACUGGACAUUAAGGUUCCCAUCUUCAAAGGGCCGGGAGAAAUGCCCGAGUUCCCGUUCCCAUUUUAUAUGAUCCUGGGAGACGUGAACGCUGUCCCGGAGACACGGAGCGCUGCGCUGCGACAGUGGUUUGAGCUGGUCACAGCGACCGACCAGUAGUGAACAAGCCUGGAAAAACACACCAUGUACAUGGAUACAAUGAUAUACAUCAAUAUACAUGGAUACAUUGAUAUACACUGAUACUGUUAACACGAGGGCCCAAGGAACCUGCUUCUUGCAUGUGCCUUUUGAGUUUUGUUCUGUUUGCCACAAGCUCAUUCGCUGUGAAUCUUUGCAUUCACUGCCCUCAAGAUAACUGAAGAAUAAAUAUUUACUGAAUGUACAGGUUUUCUUUUUGUAAAGUAAUAUUUCAGAAGCCGAGUUGUUUUAGAGGACGAUUCACUUUGUAAAGCGGUUUAUGUUUUGUCAGAGAAUGUUGUAUAAAAUAAAGAUGACAUUGGUGUCCGAUCAGCACCCACAACAGCAGGACUUGCAAAUUUAAUAUGGAAAAAAGUAUUUCCAAAUAAAAAAUUACUUUCGUUCACAUUGAAAUGCAUCAUGUUUAAGUAUGUGUUUCUCUUUCUUUUUAGUUUAUAUAGAUUUUUCUUCCUUCAAAGGACUUCAUUGCAGUAAUGGCUACAAAUGAACAUGACAUGAGUUACAAUGCAGAUGACUACAUGUGGAGUACAGUAAGGCACAGUGGUUGAAAUACUGCAACUGUAUUUUCUUUAGCAUUGUUUGUAGUUGCUUUAAUGCAGCUCAUUGUGUUGAAAUUAUUGUACAGACAGCAUAUUCACAGUGAAUAAACAGGCUGCUGAAGAUGCCAUUCGGAUGAUGGUUUCACAAGGCAACUUACAUCUUCAGGAACUUCAGAGAACAUUUCAACUAGCA